AUCCAGCCACCCAAUCAUAAUCUCACUUCUAUUGGUAUUUAUUAAUACUUUACUUGUAUGACAUUUUUUUUUUAUAGUUUGCAGGCUUGCCAUCUGCUUCUAACUGUAGCUCCUGAAUAAUUCAUUUACAUAAGGGGGAUUACUGUACUGUUAUUGUCCAGUGCUUUGGAUACUGCUGCCUGGUGAUGGUUUGGAAGAAAAAACAUCCUUUCUAAGAACAUGCGCUCAGUGAAAGUAAGCGCAUGCAUGCAGGGAGGGUGCACGCUGUAUUCUCUCUUUGCGCGCAUUGCGAAGCGUACCGGACUCUCCUCUCUCCAGCCGCGCCUGCCUCUCUGAACCUCCCCCCACCAGAACUCAACUCUCUCUCUCCCUCUCGCACAGACCAACGGGAGAAGGUGUUUUAACUUUCCGAAGGCGACAACAUUUCAGUCGGCUCUCAAGGUAAACGCUUUGUUUGGGAGGGAGACCUUCAUAUUUAUAGAAGAGAGAGAGAUAACGAGACUGUUAACGGCGGCGCUUUGCCGAGCGGAGACCUGUUCUUGCCGAAAUGAUUGGCUGUUUCUUCAAAUGAAAAAGUCUGAGAAAUGUCUAUUUCCCUGGGCGACACCGUCAGCAUCCCAGCCACAAUGUACAGGUGGAAACAAGCGAGUGUUUGCAUCUUCCAUACAAUAUUUGGAUUGUUAAGAACUCAAAAGAUCUGUGAGUGCUGAAUGCUGAAUGCCAUUAACUUCUUUACUGACAUCAAGGCACGCCAUUGAGGAGCACACCCUGUCUUCUUUUACCUGCCACUUUACUUCCCCCUAGCGAGAGCUAACAUCACCGAGAAGCUCCUCCCGCUCACCCUUUAACCAGCUGUUGCUAUGGAGAAUCUCAGUGAGCUCCAGAACCCAUUGUUGGACAAAAACAGUAAGCACAUGGUCAACGGUUAUGGGGGCGACUUCCCGAACAACCAGUACCAGGAAAACAUUAUUAAUUACUUUGCUGGAGGAGGAGGCGAGGGAGGAGGCGGAGGAGGAGGAGGAGGAGGAGGAGGAAAGGUGAAUAACGGCAACGUAGUGAGCGGAGGUAGUUACAAUACCAACGGGAAGAUAAAAUCUCAGCAGCUUUUGGACGCCACCUCGCUGCACCUGGCGGUAGAGGCGUUCUACAGGCCCAACUUCAUCCUGUAUAAGGAGGACAGUGGCAGCAUCAAGGCUAAGGAAUACAAAAGCGAGUGCUGCGAGACCACGUUCACGGAGAAGAAAGCAAAGGAGGAGUCCAACGCGGCGGGGGCGGACACGCCUGCUACCGAGGAUCCCCAGGCGAAGCUGCUGGAGGACGGCGAACACGUCAAGAUCCAAACCGUUUCCUAUGACGUUGAGGAGGAGGAGUACGUGGAGUACGAGACGGACUGCUCCAGUGACAGUGAGAGCGAGGACAACUUCAUAGUGGUCCCUCCACGAGACCACCUGGGCCUGGCCAUCUUCUCCAUGCUCUGCUGUUUCUGGCCUUUGGGGAUCGCAGCGUUUUACUUCUCACAGGGGACCACCAAGGCAGUGAACAAAGGUGACUUCCCAAUGGCCAACAUCGCCUCCAGACGUGCUUUGUUCCUCGCUGCCCUCUCCAUCACUAUAGGCACCGGUGUGUAUGUGGGGGUGGUGGUAGCUCUCAUUGCCUACCUUUCUAAACCAGGACACAUAUAGCAGCCGCACCUUCCCUCCGACACACCUCCCGGGAGCCCAGGUUGAGAACAACCGCCUCGUGGGAACGGCAUUGCUCCUGCAGACUUCGUGGAAAAGUUUUUCGGGGGAUGAACAGUCUUUCCCUCCGCCUUCAUUUCUCUCCAGCUUCUCUCUCCCUACAGGCCCUCAGUCAGCCAAGAUUAGCCACACUGACUGGAGAGAGAUCAAGCUGGAGGGUGAGAAGAGGGGGAAUUGGGAAUGGAGAAAGUUUUUUGUUGUUGUUGUUGAGACAGGUAGAGGGUUUAAGUAAUGGAUGCAUUCCAUGUUGGAGUCCAGUUUGCAUCCCAUUGACUUUACCCCCUAUUGGCUUCAUCAUCUUUUGGCUGGUUUUUAACUUCCAAGACCCCGACAUACACACUGAGGAGAAAGGACUGAGACAAUAACGCCGCUCACUUCAGAAAUUAUUAAAGAGCAGAGGUUGCGGAGGGUUAGAAAUCAAUGCACAUCACUCUCAAACCAACUCUAUGUCGUCGUCAUUUGAGCUGCAGUUAAAAUUGGAGCCUCUCUGUGGAUCUCCUGUCAUCUCAGUAUGCCACCCAGGACUGUCUUUAAUAGACCAUGAGCUGCCCUCAUCGACUCAAAAAUACCAUGGCUGCCAUUUGUCUCUGGGCUACCUGCCUCACACAGUAGAUGACCACGCUCACAUGUUCUUGAAUCAUGACAAAGGAGGGCUUUCGUUUUUGGAGAAACCUCAAAAAAACUGAACUAUUGAUUAUAAUUUCAAUCAAAGAAGAAUAAAGCUCCAAGAGGAAAAAAAAUGAUGAAACAUGAUUAGAGGCCAUUUCUGUCUCAGUGAACAAUAUGCACUGGCAUGAAUAACAAGAAUCUCAAUGGAGCCUCAGACCUGUGUUUUACCUCUGAGGAGGUGUCCGUCCAUCAAAGACAUUAAAUCUAACAAUAUCUGUCCACGCCAGAUAUGGUUUGCCUGCGUACAUGCAAAUGUGCUUUGUUUUUAUGUUUGUCUUUUUGUGUUCCCUGCUGUCUAAAGGCACCUUCAUUGAUCUCGCUUUAAGGAAUGUUCAUUUAUAGCCUUUGAAGUAAAGCACCGUAUGCGAGUUGGCCAGAUGGUCCGGAAUUUCAUGGGGAAACGGGGUGUGCAGUGUCUCUCAAAAACGUUGCAUCUGGAGGGGCAGUUUGAAAUGAAACAUCAGCCAUCACAAUGGGCAAGGAAGUUAUAAAUCAGGUAAAUAAUGUCAUUAGAAGGCAGGCCUUACAUAUCCUCCAGGGUUGCGCAUAUGAGUGUCGCAGUCCGACAGCUUUGAAUUAAUCUGUAAUCAAUUAUUCUUUGCAUGA